CGGCGGCUCUAACGUUAGUAGUUUUGUUAUGCUUAAUAUAUCGUGAAGUUCAUUGAUAAAUUGAUCACUUCUACGACUGACUUCUGAUUGAUUGUACAACUCACAGCGGUUAUUGAAAAAUUGUUGAAUGAAAGCUUUUGUUUCAGUAAAUGUGAACAAUUUGUCCACACAAUUGCGGAAGAUUUGCAUAAACAGUCGCAACUUUUCACUUGCAGAACACAGAUUAAAAAAAAUUUCCUUCACGGUUUAAACAAAAAUAUGGAGAAAUUUAAUAUUUACAUUUUGUUCAUAAUUGUGGGUGUUUUAUUACUUGACAUUUGCACGUUAUCUUCAGGCAGAGCAACAACCAGUGAUCUAACCAGAACUGUCAAUUCUAUGACUGAACAGAAGAGACGAGAAAGUAAUGACAAAAGUACGCUAACACCUGCAACCACAGUAAGAACACCUGAAGAAAAUGAAGAAGACCGUCAAAUAUUUCUGGGCGCAAGUGGUAAAGAGACGAGUACACCAAAUUUUGUGCGUUUAGUUGUGAUGCGUUUAAUAUAUGGCAUAGCCUCAACUAUGGGUCUUGAGGAUCGAUUGGAAGGAGUUUUUAAUGGUGUGUUUGUUCCUCCAAAUGCUGAUGAUGAUUUAUUUGGUUUUGGUGGGGGAUCUGACGAUGACGGUAUAGCUGCUAUAUUUGAGGACACUAUUUAAUUUCCAAAGUAUACGAAGUGUAAAAAAUUUCGGUAAAAGAUCAAAAAAAAUUUGUU